CUCUUCGGUUCUCUCUUUCUGCCUCCCUUCAGAAAAAUGGUGAAGAGUCCAUUGAAGUACUCUGUGGUGGACACGUUCACUGAUACAGCGUUUAAGGGAAACCCCGCGGCGGUGUGUUUAUUGGAAGAAGAAGAAGCAGAGGUAGAUGUGAAGUGGAUGCAAGCUGUUGCCAUGGAAUUCAACAUUUCCGUAACGUGUUUCUUGACUCCGAUUUCGUCUACCCAGUCGGACAUUAAUGAUCAGUCGAAUGGCCAUUCUGUCCAGCGGUUCCAUCUCCGUUGGUUUUCUCUUAUGAACGAGCUCAAGCUUUGUGGGAAUGGAACCUUGGCAGCUGCACAUGUUCUCUAUGCAUCCAAGCUAGCAAGAACUAAUGUUAUCGAGUUUGUCACACUAUCUGGAGUUCUGAUUGCUAAAAGGGUUCCUACAGUAAGAAACUUGGAUGCAUCAAAGUUCUCAGAUGGCGAACUAGAAGAUCACUGCUCUAUAGAGUUAGACUUCCCUACAGUUCCUGUGCUCGAGUGUGGAUCUGCCGAUAUUCCAUCACUUCCUAAAACCCUGAAUGGUGCUCCCGCGGUCAAUAUAAGUAAAACAGCCAGCAAUGACCUCAUUGUCGAGCUCUCAUCUGGAAAGACUGUUGCAGAUUUACAACCAUUAUUUGAUGAGAUACGAAAAUGUCCUGGAAGAGGGCUCAUUAUUACAGGGCCUGCUCCCGACGGAUCUGGAUUUGAUUUCUUCAGUCGCUUUUUUUGUCCAAAGUUUGGAAUUAAUGAGGAUCCUGUUUGUGGAAGUGCACACUGUGCCUUGGUGCCUUAUUGGAGCAAAAAACUGGGAAAAUGCGAUCUUGUUGCAUACAUGGCAUCUCCAAGGGGUGGAGUACUGGACUUGCAUUUAGAUGAGGCAAACCAAAGAGUACUGAUUCGAGGCAAAGCUGUUGUUGUAAUGGAAGGUUUCCUAUUUUCCUAGCUUAGGAAAUAUCUCCCUCUUCCUUGGAGUUCUUUUUAAAAGUAUGUUUUGUAAAUUGUACCUGUAUUUUGUAAUUUUAAAACUAUG